AUCCAUCGAGGGACGGGAACUUGACCGCACACCUUUCGAUUCCAUUACUUGGCCGAAGAUAAGGCCACGGAGCUGGAGAUUUCUUCAGUUUUGAAUUGGAAGCGGUUGCGAUGGGUUUCAAGCGUCCAGUAGAAAUUCCUUAUCCCACGGUUUGGCACAGGUUCCAAGCCAAGGGAUUGGGAGAAGAUGGCCAGUUAGAGUGGUACACCAUUCAGGACCUUCCGGAGGAGCGUUUCGAGGAUGCCGUCCGGCACUUGAGCGAGCACUUUGCUCGCGACGAGCAGAUGAACCAGGCCAAGGGCCUGGAUCGUGAUGAGUGUGCCAUGAAGGAAGUCGUACAGCUUUGGAACGCCAUGCUUCCGGAGCGUUUGUCUGUGGUGUGUUUCCGAGAGGGUUCCGACGAAAUCGUUGGAGUUAACGUGCUGGGUGUUGCAUCCAAGUUCGACAAGGAAGAACCGAAGUUCAAGAGUGAAAUCUUCCAAACCAUCUUCGACACCAUCGGGUACAUCUCGCAGCAGACCAACGUGUACGAGCGCUACGGAGUGGACCAGUAUUUGAAUGCGAUGGGUCUUUCGGUGGAUCCGGUCUAUCGGGGGCGUGGCAUAGCAACCGAACUGCUGCGUGCUAGGGUUUCGCUUUGCAAAGCGAUGGGUAUCAAGCUGACCUCUACGUGCUUCACGGGACCCGGAUCGCAGGGUGCUGCCCGGAAGGUUGGCUUCGAGGAGAAUUUCAGCAUCACCUAUGCGGAAUUGGCUAAAGUCGAUGCUCGGUUCGAGUACCCUGGUUUGCAAGAGAAGUGCUGCAAAUAUAUGAGUCUGAAGAUUGAUUAGAUAACAAACGGA